AUGUGGAACUCCUUGAAACAAGGGAACAUGCACAAAGAGGUUGCAUAUAACAGUCAAUCUGCACCUUCCAUGAAGUUCAAAUCCAUCUCCCGAGCAUACUCCACACGUAGGGGCCCUCUGUAUCAUAACUGCCAACUUCAAGCCCCAGAUGAUCAACCCCUAUGCGCUUGUGACCCCAUAAAAACACAGUGGUACAUAGAAAGGGGUCUUGGGGUCAAGAUCAGUGAGAACCCACUUGUUGUGCGUCUAAAUUUUGAGCCUGCAGGCCGUCCACAAGUUGAGAAAGAUGACGGGAAAUUUUAUCUCCUGGAGCGGCACAAUAUCUGCGUAGUGUGUGGCAAGGGCGAGUCUUUCAUUAGGAAAAAUGUUGUGCCUCAUGAAUAUCGUAAACAUUUCCCGGACAUACUUAAAGAUCAUCAAAGCCACGAUGUAGUUCUACUUUGUUUAGAAUGCCACAGACUAAGCAAUUUGCAUGACAAUGCCUUGAGACACGUACUAGCAAAAGAAUUUAAUGCUCCUAUAGGUACUGAACGAGAUGUGAAAGUUGUUAUCGACAGUGCUCACAAGAUUGUUAGGAAUGCCGCUGGAGCUUUACUGAGAAGUUAUGAUGGCAUCCCAAAAAAGAGAAUUGAAGAACUUGAGAGUAUUGUUAAAAAUUACUUUAAUAUUGAUACAAUGACUACAAAGUAUCUAGAAGAUGCAGCUAACAUGGAUGUGAAGAUCUGGAAUAAAAAUUACCAAGCUCAUGGAUUAACCCUUUCAGGAUUCUUUUCAAGCAGUGAAUGA